AUGCAUCGGCCGCAGGACGCAGUCGCGGCUCAGGCGCGGCCUUGGGCGCCGAAGCUGCGCGACUUUUCUCGCCGCUGGAUCGAGUCUCUGAGAGCUCUCUACGGGGAAAACGGUGCUUCCUCGGUGUCCACCAUCCGUAAUCUCAUGGGUAAUUUACAAAGUGAUGGUAAGAAGAAAGGGAAGAAGGUAAGGGAUGUCGCAAAUGUUACAUAUCCGAGCGUCGACAUUCCUGAAUUUGCUGAUAUAGCAAAAAUCGAAGGAAAGAAAAGUUCAAAGAGUUUAGAAGAUGUGGCUAGUUUCGAGAUCGGCAAGAGCGCACACAUAUACAAAUCUUCCAUUGAGAAGUUACAAACUCCAGCUAAGAGACAAGCACCUAAACCACCGAUAGCCAAAUCUGAGGUCGGAAAGACAACGCCCGAUGUAAAAUCAAGUUCGCAAUCUCAACAUCAUGGGGAAUCAUCAGCUACAAAUAUUCCUCAUGAUGUUGAGAACGAGAUGAUCGAUAAAACACCUAGUGGAAUGUCUAGUAUCAUCAAUGGAACAGGCUCAACAUCGAAAGAACCGAGUAUUGGAACUAACACAACGCCGGUGAGCCUAACGAACCCAUCAUCUACGUUGCUGGUCACCGACUCCUGGCGUCUAGCCAACAAAGGUUUGCUAGUAGCCGAGAUAUCUGCACCGCUCAGUCAGGAAUCUUCCAGUGACAGUGUCUUUACCGAUCCAGAGGAAGCUCCAUUACCUGCGGAAACGCAAUGCGCUCCUAUUACUCCGUCUUCGACGGAUACACUGGUGGCUUCUGUCUCAUCACGCGAUGAUCACAGCGAUAAAAGAUCACCAUUUGCUGUCCUAAGGCAUAAGAAGAUUCAAUUACCUCCUACACCCUCGCAACUAAACAUCUCGCAAUCACCAGCCAGUGAUACUAGAAAGACACCACAUAGAAGACAUACCAUGUACGAAACUUCGCCUGAAAGUCAAGUACUUAGAAGAGUAGCAAAUUUGGUUUUAGAUCGUGCUAGUCUUGAUUCUAAAAUCAACGAGAAUGCAAAAGUUAUACCACGCAAGCUCGAUUACGGUCUUUAUAGUAAAUUCGAAGGAUUACGUUUGAUAGAAGUAUUGACGUCGGAGUUACCAGAACAUUUAAAAUCUCAACUGACAGAUGCGGAACGUGAAAAACUUGAUUUGGCUUUUUAUUCUCGUUUAGUAUCAACCGGUCUUCUUCGAUCAUUUUCAGAUAAAGAUAGCACAAGUAAUAUUUCACAUACGGUAUCUUCUGGUAAUCAUCGAAAUCAAUACGAUACAUUGUCCCCUACCGAAACUUUGAAACGAUUUAAAACAAACGAGGAUAUCGAAAGAUUGGAAAAGGAAUUGAUCGAUCUGAGGAACGAGAUUGAAAGAUUAAGAAAACAAAAUAAGGAUGUAUCUACGAUGGCACAGGACAAGUGUGUUCAAACAUCUCCAAAAAGUGUAUCGCCGACCGGUACAAGUGCAAGUUCGCCUUCAUCAAACGAUUACAAAAGUGCAUCAGCAGCGACGAGUGUUAGCGAUGGAGAGAGAGUCACGGUAAUCUCUCUCGACAGUUCACCCGUUUUGCCUAACAAAUCUGUCGUCUCUAGCCAAUCGAAGGAAUCUAAAGAAGAACCUGAAAUAACUAAUCUACGAAUGUUAUUGAAAGACGAGAGAUCGAAGAUUCAAAUUUCUACUCAAAAUUCACUUUCACCGGAUAACGAAGAUACUAAAAAUCAGGAGAGUAAUUUAUCUCAUACUGUGAAUGGAGAAAUCGUAAGUGAAACAUCUGAAAGAAAAAUGUCUGUUAAAACAGAAAUAAUUGAGUUAUCCAAAACCAAAUUAUCCUUGUCAAUUCUUACCGUCGAGGGUGUCGAAAGAACGGCCUUAGUGAAUGGAAAAGUGCAAGAAGAUACAUCACAGACCUGCUCUCCCCCACCAGCUCCACCUCCUCCUCCUCCUCCUCCUCCCCCUCCUCCACUACUACUACCACCUCCUCCGUUACUUUCGAUAGUAACGGAAUCUAAUAUUAAUUCUCAAUCGAAACAAGUUCCGGCGUUAUUAGCUACGUGUAUCUCACCACCAUUACCAUCUCCACCAUCCUCGUUAGAUUUACAAACUUUGUGUAUACCUCCACCUCCUCCUAUGCCAAGUACUACACAAGUACAAUUUUCACAACCACCACCUGCACCACCUCCAAUGCCAGGAUUGAUAGGACAAAGUUCUGUAUCUUCACCACCACCGCCACCACCACCACCACCACCUAUGCCUGCAAUUAGUGGACCUCCACCUCCUCCACCACCACCACCAAUGCCUGGAAUAAUUGGAUCACAACCUCCUCCACCACCACCAAUACCAGGAAUGUCAGGGCCAUCGCCACCUCCUCCUCCACUAAUGCCAGGCAUGACUGGACUACCACCGCCACCACCGCCACCACCACCAAUGCCAGGCAUGACUGGACCACCACCACCACCACCACCACCACCAAUGCCAGGCAUGACUGGACCACCACCACCUCCACCAAUGCCAGGAACAUCUGGACCACCACCACCUCCACCAAUGCCAGGAACAUCUGGACCACCACCACCACCAAUGCCAGGAACAUCUGGACCUCCAGCACCACCAAUGCCAGGAAUAACUGGACCACCACCACCACCAAUGCCAGGUAUGACUGGACCACCGCCACCACCUCCUCUAUUUUCUACCUCGAUCACGGGAGCAGGUCCUGGCUCAAAUGCAUCAGGACCACCGCCACCUCCACCACCAUUCGCUUCUACUCCAACUCCUUUACCUGCUCCUCCUAUUGGAGGCUGGAAUCCUCCUAGCAGAUCGACAUUGAGAAAACAACCUUUAAAUCCUGUAGUACCAAUGAAGCCACUCUACUGGACGAGAAUCUUAGCACCGAUGGCUGCUUCCAGUAUAGGAGAGUCUAUGACGUCUUUUUGGGCGGAAUUAGAAGAAGAAAAAGACCUCGAUAUCACAGAAUUUACAAAUUUAUUUUCACGCCAAGUCACUGAACGGAAACUUGCAAGAAAAGGGGAGGAUGUGGCUAAACCAUCGAAAGUGCAGCCAGCUAAGAUACUCGACUCAAAACGAUCGAAAACUGUUGGCAUUUUGGAAAAAAGUUUACACGUAGAUUUCACUGAAGUUGAAAAUGCUGUUUAUAAUCUGGAUACAAGUGUGAUCAGUCUCGAAGCACUACAACAAAUUUACGAAGUUAGAGCUACACAAAAAGAAUUAGACGAAAUAGUUGCUCACGAAGAAACUAAUUCAGAAGUUCCAUUGGAUCGUCCAGAGAUUUUUUUAAAACGAUUAGCAGGAAUAGAUCACUUCAGUGAAAGAAUGGCUUGUUUGGUGUUCCAAUCCGAAUUUCAAGAUGCUAUUUCAUCCGUUUCGAGCAAAUUGACGAAUUUAAAGACGAUUUGUGAUUACUUGAACAAUUCUAAUUCAUUGAAGAAGGUGAUGGCACUUAUAUUAACUUUAGGAAAUUAUAUGAACGGUGGUAACAUGAUGAGAGGACAGGCGGAUGGCUUUCAUUUGGAAAUUCUUGACAAAUUGAAGGAUGUUAAAUCUAAAGUACCGGGUAUUACUUUACUACAUUACAUCGUAAAAGCACGAUUAGCUCAGGAAAAGGAUUGUAAUUUUGAUGAACCAUUACCUUUGCCUGUACCUGAGCCAGCUGAUAUCAAAGCAGCUUCGACGAUAAACUUUGAAGAUAUUACGAAGGAACUUCAAAGGCUGGACGAUCAAUUGAAAGCUUGCAAAACAAAAUACGAAGCUGUGAUCGAAUCUAAUCCGCCUAAUGCUCGGGUAUUUAAAGAAAAUAUGAACGCUUUCUUUACCAGUGCCACGACGGAAUUAGAAAACGAAAAUAAAGCAUUAGUCGAGGCCAAAAAGAAAUUUAAAAUUGUUAUGCAAUUUUAUCAAUUCAUACCUAAGGGUGCAACUUUGGACACAGCUGAUCCUAAUCAAUUCUUUUCACUAUGGUUAAAUUUCUGUCAUGAUUUCAAGGAUAUAUGGAAGAAGGAACAGCAACGUCUAAGAAAAGAAAAAAUGGAACAAGAGAUUUGGAAGAGACUUGAAAGUAAGAGAAAUGUUCAAAGAAAAAAAUUAGAUCCUCAUGGAUUAAAAGCUAGGAUAUUAAAAAAAGAAAAACUUUCUAAGAAGUAUGACGCGUGAUAAUUUCAAUUAGAUAAAAGGAAAUGAAUUAAAUCGAUAUGAAAUAUCGGGUAGAAAAUUAAAAAAAAGAAAAAGAAAAAAAAAGAAAAACGAAUCAUAAGAGAAUAUUGAAAAUUAAAUAAUAAAUUAAAUCACAGAUAUAGUCGUAUAAAUAUAAUUUCAAUUAUGGCUCAAAAACAAUUCAUUUUGAAUGAAAUCGAUACUUUCUAUUUUUGUUGAAUAAUGUUAUAUUUAUAAUCUAUCUAUUAUUUUCCUUUUUUUUUUGUAUAAUCGUUUUGUCAAACAUAUUCCUAUUUCUUUAUUUAAAUUAUUUAUAUUUUGUCUUGAUUAAGCAUGUUACAUAUUUAUAUUUUUGUAUCUCAAUUAUUUAUUAAUAUUAUUUUUUUAUAAUUAUGAUAAAAUAUGGGUUCCGAUCAGUAUUCUCGUUGGAUUAAUUAAUUAAAUAAAUAUAUAAACUUUGUUAAAAAUUUGUAUAUAUAUAUAUAAAAAAAAAAAAACAAAAAAGAAAAAAAAGAAAAUAAAAAUAAAAAGUCGCAUCGGUAAAAUAUCCGUCCCGAUCUUGCGCUAUAGAACGCUAUAGAUCUUUACUGCGUCUCUUCAACGAUAAAUAACACAAUUAUCUGGUUAUUGAUUUAAUCGUUGUUAAUCAUAAUCCCAACGAUUUAUUAUAUGUUAAUCCGCACAUAGAGCUCACGCCUAAACACCGUGUUAAGUUUUUCUUACGAAUUUUAUAUAAACUGUUUAUUGUAGAGAGAGAUAUUGAUAAAAAAUGUUUAAUAAAAAAAACUUUGUAUAUUUA